CAGAAGAAAGGAUGAUGCCCGUUGUGCGUCUGUGUUUGUCUGUGCGUGUGUGUGUGGGAAGGGGUUAAAGCAGAGGGGAAGACGAGUCAGCAGUCAGAUGUGAAUCAGAGAGAAAAGAUGAAGCUUCUGCUCAGCAGUCUGCUGCUCGCCUCCUUCUGCACGCUGUCAUCCUGGAGUGUUUCGUCAGACGCUGUUGUUGUGAAUCAAACUCCUGAUGUUUCCGUCACUGUGGGAGAAGCAGUGAACAUCUCCUGCUGCUGGAAUGGGGAGUUUGACAGAGGCAGAAUUAACUGGACAAAAAAUCAAAUUACUGUUAAGAGGGAUCGUUUCUCAUAUAGUAAUAAUACCCAAGGAUCUCAGCCAAAGAAAACAUCAGGCUGCUCAUACUUGUCCUUUCAGAACAUCACAAGAGCUGACUCUGGAAGCUACGUCUGCAAUCUGACGGUGGAGUUACCUGUUUUGUUAAGGGUUGAAGGUGGUGGAACUGUAAUCACAGUUACAGUUACUAAUAACAGUACUAAAGAAGGUUCAACCAGCGACUCUCCACCGUCUCCUGUGAUCAUUUCUCUGGCUGUUGUCGCUCCUCUGCUCCUCAUUGCUCUCUUAUGUGUCUGCAUGCUGCGUAGGAAGCAAGGUUCAGCUAAAGCAGCGAGGGUGAUCUACGAGGUUCCUCACAUCGACUCUGACGUGCCAGACAUGGACAAACACAGCACCAGCUCCUCCAGAGGCUCCUCUCAGUGGUGUCAGGUUCCAGUGUACGAAUCCUUCGAUUACUUUGAGCGUGGAACUGAACAACAGAACAAAGAAAGCAGAUAACGAUCAGUUGUUUUCUGUCUCCUUCAUUUCAGCAUGUGAAUACUGUAAAUUAAUCCAUUCUUCUUUAACUGGACUGUA